AUGCUGAGCAGACAAGAAUCUAAGCCGCGCGGCGGCAAAGCGAAGCUCGAAGAUGUAACCAACAUCCUGCACGAAUUGACGACGGACCUCACCGCGAAGAAGCUCGCCCCGAAACGGCGGAAGAGCUUGCUGGAACAGCUCAAGGUUCAUGGCCGGGCUAUCGAAGACGCAGAUCCUAUAUUCACAAAAGAAGGUCUUCAUACUCUUUGUCAAUAUGCCUUCGAAGACGCCGACGUCCAGACUUCGCAAGAAGCGCUCAGGUGCAUCGCAAACGCCCUGCUGCUCGAGCCUAAGAUGCGCCAGGUGGUGGUCGAUCUUGGCUACGCGCCAAAGGCAGCGGAUAGAUUGAAGCACGAGAACGUCGACGACGAAUUCCUAUGCUCUCGUAUCCUUUUCCUCAUGACUUACGAUACGAAUGUUGACUUCGACAAUCUGGUUGAGCUCCACGAACUCGCCGAACAUAUCAACAAUGCCAUGGCACGGCAUGCUAAGAUAUACUCCAAACACGCACGGCGCCACUCGCAGAUGCAAGCGUCGCCCAUGGAUCUCACGGCGCUAUCCGAGACGCUGAAACUCAUGUUUAACAUUACCCAUUUUUACCCAGACCUAGCCGAACACUUCUCCAAGUCAAUACCACACAUCUUCAAGAUACUCACGCGUCGAAACAUACCUAGCCCGCCCCUUAAAGCGCCUGUCAACUACCUCAUCAAUUCUCUUCUAAAUCUGGAUUUGGAAGACAAGAAGGGUCAACAAUUGGAGUUCCUGGGCAUGAACGCCGUCUUCCCGAAGUUUGACCAAAAGUGUAAUGCUGAGUUUCUGAUCGACAUUCUGGACAAUGCUAUCGUCGCCUAUUCGGAGAAGGAGCUAGACGAGACGGUGGCACCUGUUCUAACGCUUAUACGUCGCAUCUAUGAAAUUGCACCGGAGAGCGUACAGAAGUACAUGGAAUGGCUCCUCCUUCCCACAGACGAGGAACGAUCGCGCCCUCUGGGCCAGUCGGACACCCUUUCAGCACGGCUCCUCCGGCUAUCGACCUCCGCUAUGACACCUUCGCUACGAAGUUCCAUAUCCGCCAUGAUGUUCGAGCUGUCAGGGAAGGAUGCUAGUAAAUUCGUCCAGAAUGUCGGCUACGGCUUCGCGUCAGGCUUCCUACUGAGUAACAACAUUCAGAUGCCCGAGAGUGCGAUCGAAGCAUCGGCAACCGCCGAUCCGGACAGGGCGAUACCGGUGAACCCGAUUACGGGGCAGAGGCUAGAUGCCGAGGUGCCGAGUUCCCAGGAGCCCAUGACGGAAGAAGAGAAGGAGCGGGAAGCCGAGAGGCUAUUCGUGCUAUUUGAAAGACUCAAAGCUACGGGCGUGGUAGACGUGAAGAAUCCCGUCGAAGAAGCGUUCCGCUCCGGGCGCAUCGAAGAGCUGCCCGACGAUGCGGACUAA